GCCACUGCACUGCCUUCUGCAACACUUGCUUUUAGAAGAGACCAGAGACCCAGCCACCAAAGAUCUGCUCAGCUGUGUUUGAACUUGAAGAUGACAUCAAAAGUUCAUUUGAUCCUCCUGACUUGGUUGUUAACCCAGCAGGUGACAGGCCUGACUGAGACUUCCGACCUGGACAUGGCUCCCAAUGCAUUUGAUGAUCAGUAUGAGGGCUGUGUUGAAGACAUGGAGAGAAAAGCACCCCAGCUGUUACAAGAAGACUUCAACAUGAGUAAGAAAUUAAAACCUGAGUGGGAACAGGCAGAGAAACGAUGGAAGGAGAUAAAAAAUACAAUGAGGACUCCCAAAGGUUUCCAUGACUUCCACGGAACGGCUGUAGUGGCCUACACCGGGAAAAUCCAUGAAGAUUUUAACAGAGCAGUUAGAGAAUUCAAGAAAAAUACCACUAACUUCCAAUACAAGGCCUUCCAUUACUACAUAACAAGAGCCCUUCAGCUUCUGAGUAACCAGAGUUGUUACUCAGUUUACAGAGGCACCAGGAACAAGUUUCGUUACAGUGGGGAGGGCUCUGUGCGGUUUGGGCAUUUCGCUUCCUCAUCUUUGAAUGAGAGAGUAGCUCUUUACAGCUUUGGUGGUGUUAGUGGGACACUGUUUACCAUCAAAACCUGCUUGGGGGUUUAUAUAAAAGCAUUUUCCUACUAUCCCAAUGAAGAGGAGGUGUUAAUUCCAGGCGAUGAAGUAUAUCCCAAAGUCACCAAAACAGCAAGUGGAAAAAGGAAUGACAAAAUUGUUCUGCUCUCCCCUGAAAGAGGGAAGAGCAACUUCAAUUGCUUCUACAGCGGUUCUACCAACAAGAGCCAUUUCAGCAGCUCAGCAACCCUGCUGCUUGUGGUGCUACCUGAUCUCCUGGUCCAGCUGCUGCCUCUUGCUGAGCUGUAGCCCUCUCCUGCCUGCAGUUCAUGGGUCUGAGUGUUGAAAGGAGGCCCAGGGGCAAGAACUUGGUGGUUCUCUGAGGUCUGAUGUAGAAUGAAGAUUGCAAUCAUUUUGGGUAUAUCUAAUUUAGCAUUCAUGACUUCCAUAGACACCCAAGAACCUGCUGGGUCUGUGGGUGAAAUUUUAUGCUCUGACUUCAAAUUUACUACCCUUUGACACUUUGCUGUCGUCAAAGAGCAGUGUUUGUCUGCGUGGUCAGCUGUAACAGUUUUAA